AUGAAGUUAUCCGCUUAUUAGCUAAAGUAGCAAACUUCAUAAGGAGUUAGUUUAGAGGCUUCUUUUGGAAAUGGGACUCACAGCAUUUCUAAUUUAACAAACAAUUUAUAAUUAUCAGCAAAUAAUUUUGGAUCAUUCAAAUAGUUAUCAAACCCUCUCUAAAAAGUUGCACAAUAAAGUAUUUUGUAGAAUGAGAAUAAGGAAAAUUCAUCCUUAGAAAAAACUUAAACUAAGUAAAUUAAAGGAAUUUUAAAGAAUUCUACCAGAUAAGUCGAUUAAAAAUCAGCUUCAAUAGAUACUUCUAAAAUUAAUCAAUAAAGUUAAAAGAGUAUAUAACAGAGUGCAUUUUACAAAGGAUAAUAAACUCUUGGGGAAUAAAAUGCAAACACUUUAUUUCAAUAAGAUGAUGCAAAAGAUAUUCUAUAAAGAGUUGAUAAUUUAUUAUCUCAAAACUAAUUAUCUAUCUAAUAUCCUUCUCAGCUAUACAUCACUUAAUCUUUGGUUCAACCUGGUUAAAUAUCUAAUUAUUCAUAAUAUUCUAUUAGUAAUUAUUCCUCACUUCCAUCAUCUACAUUUGUUUCAAGCUAAAUAAGACCAACAAAUAACAAUUCUGAUCUAAAGUCCUAUAUUAGCAAUUUAGAAAGUAAAGUUAUAAAAAAAAAGGAUAAAGAUACAAUAGAAAUUAAAAGGAGUUACAGGUAAGCUGAGAAAAAGAAGAGACAUCUUAGAAGACGUAAAGACAGUGACAGUAGUAUAUCUGUUAUUGAAGAAAAAGAAUCAGAUUAAGAUUCAUCAAGUAGCAGUAGUAGUGAUGAAAGUGAUUCAAAUGAGGAACGCUUUUAAAGCAAAUACUUAUCUAAAAGAAGAGCCAGCAGUAAAGUUAAUUAAAGUAAAAAAGGAGUUGACUCAAAAACUUUCAAAGAGAUUAGCAAUAGAAGUUAAUCUUAAAACAAUUUUUAAUAAAAUAAAGAUAAAAACUCAAAACCAAAAAGUAAAAUAGAUUAAAGUAAAAAAAAUAAAUCACAGAAUGAUGAAAGGUAUGAUGCAAAUAUAAAAGUUAAAUAGAAAUAUAAUAAACAUGAAAAGAGAAAAACUUAAGAAAAUAACGAAGACGAUUAAUUAUCUAUGUCAAGUUAUUAGUCGAACGUUACUCAUAAUGGGUUAAAAUUGAAUAGGCACACUAAUUUUGCCACAGAACUUGUAUUUUGCAUAGUUUGUGAAGAUUACAUACAUGUAGAAAAAGUAGAUGAACAUAGUAAAUAUUGUGAAGAAAAUCAAUAAAUUUUAAAUUAAAGUAGACGUGUUGUGGAGUAGCUUGAUUAAAAGUACUCAAGCAAGUAAAAUAUUGCAAAUGCUGCUGAGGGAUUUUAUCAACUAGAAAAAUUAAAUUAAAAAUUAAUGAAAAUAAAAAUUUACUUGGAGGAAAUGAAAAUAAAUCCUAAUAUUGUGAACUCAUCAAAAAUAAGAUAAUACUCUACUUUUGCUACAGAGUGCUGCAUGAAUAUAAUUGCUAAUAAUUCAGUUGCUAAAGAGAUGGUUUAAAACCUCAAUGAUAUUUAAAUGCUCAACAAAAAAAUUAUUGACUUAGAAAAUUUAUCAAACAAAGCAGUUAUUCUAAGUAUUCUUGUGCUUAGUGAUAAAUUAAAAGACUUUACAAAAAAAAAGUUAGAUAUAAUAGAUAGUUAGAGCUAGAGCGACUUAGCUCAGUAUUACAGUUAAGUGAAGUAGAACGAUUAGUAUGACAGUAAGACUUAAAUUGAUGCUUUCAGUGACUUCUCUUCCCUAAGAAAUGCAACCUAAAACAACUUUCCUUCAACUCCAAGCACUUAGAACUAAGAAAAAAAGAAAAUUAAUGUCGAAAUUUUUUAAAAACAAAAUUUAUAAGGAGGAUAAUAGAUAAAAAGGCAAAGCUCUGCUUCUGAAUCUGUUUCUUCAUAUCAAUAAUUUAAUUCAUAAAAUGAUCUAGAAAGUUAUUCAGUCUCAUCUUAAUCUUUAAAUAAUUAAAAAAAUGGAUUAAAUCAAAAAUUUAAUUAAAACUAAAGUCAGCCAAAAAGUUUUAAUAAUUAAAACUAGAAUUUACCAACCUAGCCUGAUAAAAUUAAAAAGCCUUUUUCAAAAAUAUUUUAAGAGGAAAAACCGAGAGAAUCUCUAUUUAAGAUUUAAUAAGUAACUCAUAUCAAUCAUGCAUAAGUAGCAAAUAACUAAUUAAAAUAAAUUGAAAUUUAAUAACCUCAAUAAUAUUAGCAAGUAAAAUAAUCAGAUAACUAAUAAUAGAACUUGCAAUAAAUUUAGGCAUUUUACUAAUAGAACCAGUAAAUAUAACAGUAACAAUAAUAAUAAUAAUAUUUGCCACCCUACUAAAAAUAAAAUUAAUCAUCAUAAUUAUCGGUUGAUAUAGAAAAGAAAGAGUUUUUUGAAAUAGCUGUAAAAAUUAAAUAGCAAUAUCCAAACUGUAAAGCCGUAUAAUAGAUUUUAGUAGUCGAUCUCUAUAACUAAUUCAUUAAUUAAAGGCUACCUUUUUCUCAAGUCGAGAAUUUUUUAACUAAUACUUUUAAUUCUGCAUAAUAAUGA